GAUCAUUCCAGCAACACCAUCAUGGAGUUCCUCCGCCAAGAAGAGACCAAGUACCCAGCGUUGGCAGCGCGCUACGCCCGCUUGUCGGAGCUUUUCAGUCGUAAGCUGUACCAUGAAUUGACCGUGGACAUCUUGGCCUUCGUCAAGGACGAGGCCACAGCGAUCGGGACGAACUGGUACGAUCUCUACGUGCAGUUCAUCUCGACCUUCCAGGACAAAAUCAACCAGCUGUCCCUCAUCACGAUCUGCGGGCACAUCGCGCAACGCUUUGCUGAUCCCCAACAAGCCGUCACAUUUUUGACCUCGAUCUUGACGUACUUGCAAACGAAGAAAACCAAGAUCACCCAGCACACGACACCCAACCCCCACGCGAUUGAGUCGGUCUUGGUUUGCCGAAUGUAUACGGCGAGUUUCCAGGUCAAGCUAAAGCAGCUCGCCGAAGUCAAAGCGAUUCUGGCGGAUAACAAAGACGCGGUCGAGGGACUUGUUGGCGCCGACCCGCUAGUGCAUGCCGCUUACUACCGCGUUGCGUGCGAAUACUAUUCUGCUGUCGGUCCCGCCGACAAAUUCUACAAGAGCGCGUUGAUGUUCUUGGCGUAUUCGCUGUACGACGACAUUAAGCCAGCCGAGCGAUUCGCUUUGGCUGUCAACAUUAGCAUUGCCGCCCUCACAGGGGAAGACGUGUUUAACUUUGGCGAAGUGCUGGCGACACCCAUCUUGAGCGCGCUCCAAGGAACAGACAAGGAGUGGCUCAGCGACCUCUUGCACGCGUUCAACCGAGGUGACAUUGACCAGUUUAACAUCAUUGUCGGGAACCACCGCGCCGAGUACAACGCGCAGCCUGCGCUCGUCAACAAGGCCGACUACGUCAAGGAAAAGGUGGCGCUGCUGGCGCUAAUGGUUCUCAUCUUCCACCGUCCGUCGCAAGAGCGAAAUAUCCCGUUUGCCGACAUCGCGACGGCGACGCGAUUGCCGUUGAACCAAGUGGAGUGGCUCACGAUGCGUGCGCUGUCUCUGGGACUGAUCAAAGGAAGCAUCGAUCAAGUCGACCAAAUCGUGUCUGUGCACUGGGUGCAGCCGCGCGUGUUGGAGCGCCAGCAACUGCACGAACUGCAGGAACGCUUGGGUGGGUGGAGCAAAAAGGUCAAGGAUACGUUGGUAUUUGUUGAGGACCAAACUCCCGAACUAUUUCAGUAAACCACGGGCGACAAUCACUACGACAUUCCUCCACGAGACUGGCUGGCUGGGCUGCACCUUCGAAGAGAAGUGUAAUGCACCAUAAAAUUGAGUGGCUGCGACCGAGUUUCCGUGCCUGA